AUGGCGACAUCGUCAUGGCAAGUGGAUGAUUUGGGGAGUGUUGCUGAUCAAGCAUGCUGGGCUCUCUUUGCAGUAACUGCUGUUAUUGUAAUCCUUAGAGUUAUAUGUCGACUCUUUUUGAAACGAGGACCCCACGGCGGCAUCGGUCUAGACGACUAUAUCACCAUCUUCUGCGUUCUCGUACUUCUCGUAACAUGCGUGCUAGUCAAUAUUGGGUCCUCCCAUGGUCUAGGCAGACACAUGAAGACACUUGAACCAGAACAAAUCGUGCAAGCCAACAGAUGGAACGUCAUAAUCAGCUCCGUCCUAAUAUGGUCGUUCUCACUACCCAAAUUUGCCAUGGUGGCUAUUCUAAAACGAAUUCUCAGUUACGGAUUAAAAACGACGAUUGUCUUCUGGUUCCUGGCCCUCUCGUCCCAAGCUUGUAUCCUCGCCACGUCGGUAUGGUGGUGGAAGCAGUGCACACCCAUCGAGCGAGGAUGGGACCGCACAAUCGAAGGAACCUGUGCGCCGGUGAGCGUGCUGGCAAACCUGGGAUAUUUCACUUCUGCUUAUUCGGCGUUUCUUGAUAUUUUCUUUGCCAUGUAUCCGAUACCCUUUGUUAUGCGGCUCAAUAUGCCACUCAAGUCACGAAUCGCGGUUUCAGUGGCACUUGGGCUGAGCGCGCUUGCUUGCAUUGUGUCCAUUUAUAAGUUGGCGAUUUUUGGGGAGAUUUUUGAGAUUCUCGCCGUGGAUCCGACAUAUCCAGUACCGUAUCUUGACAUCCUCGGAGUUGCGGAAGGCUCCAUUCUGCUCAUUUGUGCAUCUCUUCCCACGCUGGGACCGCUCGUCCGCUUGGUACGAGACCAAUUCACCACACAUCGGAGCUCGAGACAGCAGUCAAACAAAAGCGAAGGUAGUUCUCGUGUCAUUGGAGGCCAAUGGUCAGGGUACAAGGGCCAGAAACUUGAUGAUGGAGAGCACACGUCUAUCAACGACAGGUCUAUCAAUGGUAUGCUUUCCAGCGUAGACGACAUCCCGCUGGUUUCAAAGUCGGAAGACAGGGACGUUGAAUCAGGCAACGUCGUUGGCAACACGAAGUCCGAGCAUGUUCAAGGGCUUCCGAAGGCGACCAGGAUGUGA